GGCUGGGACGGGGACACCGGCGCGGCUGGAUCGGGGACAGCUGCGGGGCCGGGACGGGACCCCGGUGGGGCUGGGACCCCCGGAAGGCCCCGCCGCUGCCCCCCUGACCUGGGCAGCCCCGCAUUCCCUCCCCGCGGGUCCGCAGCGGUUCAGGGGGCCUGGUUCAGGUACCCCCGCAGAGACGCCCCUUGCUGGGUCGGGUAAAUCCUGGCCCGUCUGAGCCGCCCCGUGUCUGCCCCCCGGAGCAGGUCCCCUGAAAGGAGCUGGAAAUGAUUUCCCACGUGCAUCAGAAGAAGGAACUGUGGUUCUCCCACCUCCGUGCCUACCGAGGGAAGACCGAGACAGUGCUGAGCAGCAAAUUCUCAUUGCAGCUGAAGAUGGGAUUGUGAGCAAAAAAAGAGAAGAAUCCCCACCAAGGCAUCCCUGGGCCAGCAAAACCUGAUGUUUCACUUGCAGGACUCUCCAAGGAGAACAAUUCCCAGAGUCCUGCACAGGACCGAGUCAUCCCACACAGGUCAGAAAGGGUUCAGAGACCUCUGGAGAAGAGGCAAAGCCGAGUGAUGCUGUGUGGGAAAAGUUUCAGGAAGCUGCCAGAUGUUAUCCAGCAGAGAAAUUCCUCUGUGGGGAGACUGAUGAUAUGUGGGGAAUGCGGGAAGAGCUUCCGUGUGAGUUCCAACCUCGUCCAGCAUCAGAGAAUCCACACUGGAGAGAAACCCUUCUCCUGCACCGAGUGUGGGGAGCGUUUCCGGCAGCGAUCCCAUCUCAUCCAGCACCAGAGGAUCCACACGGGAGAGAGGCCCUACGAGUGCUCCGAGUGUGGAAAGAGCUUCAGCGUGAGCUCGAAGCUGCUCCGGCACCAGGUGACCCACACCGGGGAGAAGCCCUUCAGGUGUGCUGAGUGCGGGAAGAGGUUCUCUGGGAACUCCCAGCUGGUGCAGCACCGGCGAGUGCACACCGGGGAGAGGCCCUACACGUGCAGCAGCUGCGGGAGGAGCUUCAGCGUGAGCUCGGCCCUGGCGCGGCACCGGCGCGUCCACACCGGGGAGAAGCCCUACGGCUGCACCGAGUGCGGGAAGAGCUUCAGCCAGAGCUCCGAGCUCAUGAAACACCAGCGGGUACACACCGGGGAGAAGCCCUACAAGUGCUCCGACUGCGGGAAGAGCUUCAGCGUGAGCUCGGCCCUCAUCCAGCACCGCCGGUUCCACACGGGCGAGCGCCCGUACGGGUGCUCCGAGUGCGGGAAGAGCUUCACGGUGAGCUCCCACCUCAUCCAGCACCGCCGCUUCCACACCGGGGAGCGCCCCUUCGAGUGCACGGAGUGCGGGAAGAGCUUCCUGUGGAGGUCGGCCCUGCUGCGGCACUGGCGGGUGCACAGCGGGGAGCGGCCGUACGCUUGUGCUGACUGCGGGCACAGCUUCAGGCAGAGCGCGCACCUCACCCAGCACCGCCGCACCCACACCGGCGAGCGGCCCUACGCCUGUGCCGACUGCGGGAGGGGCUUCGCCGUGAGCUCCGCGCUCCUGAGGCACCGGCACGUCCACAGGGCGGUGGAGCCCUAGGGUCCGAUCCCGGUGUCUCCGUUCGCUCCAUUGACUGCCCUGCUCGCAGGGUGGGAAGGCACUUUCUUUUAGGAGAACGAGUCCUAAAGG